AAGCACAAGCCACGUGUGCAGUGCACCAGGGGGACUGUCUGACGGGGUUCCAGCAAGGAUGGCGCGAGCUUUGUUUUUUCUCCUGUGCUGCUAUGUCUUCCGUGGUUCACAGGCAUUUUUCGUCAAUCCCACCUCGCGGCGGCCCACGUGUCGCGCAAUAGGCGGUUGGUCGUCGUCCUCCUCCUCGACGUGUCAACAUAGCAGCUGCAGCAGCAGCAGCAGCAGCAGCCGACGAGCUGGGGGGCUCUACGCGAGGAGAGACAGGAGAGGGGCGGCGGGUGGGGCGUUGACGAUGAAGAAGAAAAAAGUCGUCAAGGAUUCGCUCGAGGAGGUUUCAGAUGAGCUGGCGUCGAAACCCGUGGCGUUGGGGUGUCCCAAGACCGGCAAGGAGCUGGUGUGCUACGCCGAGCGCAUCGCGGUGGUGGGCGGCGAGCGAUACCUCGUCGCGUUCCCGAAGGACCCCGCAGUGGCCAUCGCGUUCGACGAGAACGGGGAGGUGAGCCCCGUGCCGAACGACGACCCCAUUAUGGACGAGCUCUUCCCCCUGGCGGAGGCCUGUGUGGCGGAUCUGGGGCCUGGCGUCACCUUGUUAAGAACACCGACCACCCUCACAGUCCAGGGGCUGAACGAGCUGGUAGAGGAGGCUAAAGAUAUGGAGGCCGAGGGGGGCGACUCCGAGGGGGGCGAGGAGAAGCAGGAGGUGGGGGAGGCGGAGGAGGAUGACGACGACGACGAAGAGGAUGCGGAUGAGGUAGAGCUCCUGGGCGAGUUUCUGCUGGAAGGGGAGGAAUUUUUGAUCGUGCGGUUCUUGGAGCCGAUACUGAUCCUGGCGAAGGAGCAUACGCCGGGGAAGUACUUCCUCAUCGACGAGGAAGAAGAGCAGGAUGCUAUCCCCGUUGUGGACGAGAUGCUUUGCGGAGACGCUACCAUAUAGACUUAAGACUUUAACGAUUGUUUUGAGCGGGGGGGGAUGCACUUUACUUUUUUGUCCUUUUUAUGGUAAGAUAGAUGUACCUGCUGGGAAGCUACAUCAUCAGCAGCAGUAGUGAGGCGCAAAUUUUGCGGUGUGACACUAUGUAGUAUGUCGCAUGCGCGCGUCGGCGACGAGUCACUUACCCUUUUGGCCUUGUGCCGUGACGCGAGCUGCUGCUGUCGGCCCAGCUACACACGAUGGGGGUUCCUUUGCAGUGUAAUCUCUCCCCGACGUUUUUAGCUGAAGCUCGUAUUCUGCCUUUUAUUUUGUGUUGCUCAUCGGCAAGCGAAUCAUACGCAGUGUACAUGUGGACGAUAAUGCAGGAGUUCAGCGCAAACGCUGGUGUCCUCACGUGGCGGUGGCUGGCAGGCGUUGCGAAACCGAUCUUUAGUGGUGUGUAGCUCUCCGCGUGCGUAUACGCAUGCGAAUGUUGUGUCGCCUCUUCCCGUCGCUUAUCUCGCUGCGCGACGCGACUACUACUGUGGUUAAAAGAGCGUUGCGUCUUAUUUCGUUGUUCUUCCAGUGUUGAAUAUUUGAGAUUCCCUCUGGUCUGUAUGGGAAACUUGUAGCCGGCUGUAUGUCGCUUCUGUGUGGCAGUGUGAAUUCUUCACCUGAACGGGGAACACAAGAGUGUUGUGGACCAGGAUGCCGAGAUUAACAAUGUCGACACUAUCGCCCCCCUGCUUGCAA